GCGGGGAUCGGCUUGUCGCACGCAAGCCAAGCGAAUCACAACCACACCCGUGACACCCUCGAGUCCCGGGCUAGUGGACGAUGUCCAUGUCGGCAGCCGCAACAGUACUGUGUUCGAAGUCCUGGCAGGCCCCAUAAGAACUGACCCUGUUGUUGUCGUUUAACACAAGGGCGGCGCUGGUCCUUGGGCGCGGGCUCUUGCUUACAUCCCCCUCCUUGCUGCGCCGAACUCUAAAUCCAGGGCGGCAGGUGAAACACGCCGCCAUGCACGACAAUCGAUCGCACCCCCUGCUAGAGCAAGUCCCCCUGACCGUCUCCCCCUUCGUCACCCUCCCCAAGGCCCCGACGCUACCGUACACAUACCGCGCCAUGCCCUCUGCCCUCCCGCCCUCGGCGACCGGGAUCGGCGUGUCCGCAUCGAUGGUCAGCGACAUGGACGUCGACGGCGGCGACGACCACUCGGCAGCGGCAGGAUCCUCGUCGGCAGCGGCGCCGCCCGAGAAGCCGCGCUACGUCGUCUCGGCCACGGGCCGCGCAGCGCACCCGGACGACAUCGUGGCGUCCUGCCGCGCGCUGCAGGAGCACGUGGCGCGCCUGCAGGCCGACGCCGAGGCCGAGCUGCGCGCGCUCGACGAGCGCAUCCGCGCCCGCGAGCUGGCCGAGAAGAGGCGCGUCGCCCCCGGCUGGCUCGACACCGACGACCGCAUCCUCGAGCCCGAGCGCAGGCUGGCCGACGGCAUGGAUUCGCUGACCCUGACGGGCCAGCCGGGCGCUGGUGGCCCCGGCAUGCUGCAUCAGGAGGGCGGGCCGAGCGAGAUGGCGGCGCCUGAUUACGAUCCGGGGUCGGAGAUUGACCGCGCUUUUGCGGGCAGGUGAUGUGACGCCACGGGCCUGGCUGCGUUGCUCGGUUUUUUGUAGCGCAUGGAUGUUAGGGGUGCUGUUUUUGUAUGAUAUUUAAUUGCUCACCUCCCUCGGGCUCAUUCUUGAACUCUUUAGCUUGAUCGAUGCGGGGAAAGUAGAUACAGUUUCUGUUCACAAGAGAGCCACGGGGCUUCCAACCUGGUCCCUUCAAUCUCCAACCACUUGCCACCAGUACAUCUUUUCUCAGCGCUUCGGGGGACAGACUGGCUUAAUAGCGCGUGGUUUUCACCUCCUGACUGGGUGUAUCAGGCAGUAAUAGUAAUAGACAAUGGAGACGCAAGCUUCCGCUCGUGUCUGCCAUGGUUUCCCUUAAG